ACGAUAUCUUGUAUUCCAUCGCAGUUUAACAGGGAGUAUUGAUGCAGACCCCCCAUAGAACAGCGAUCCCGCUCUCCAUUCUGAGAGGUGUGAGGACGAGCGCAUUUUUCAUUGAUAAUAAGGGAAAUCUCAUCUCACCAACGACUUAGGCAAUCUUGUUGAAUCUCGUAAACCUAUGUAUAUAGUUUUUUUUUUCCAUUAUCUUCUACAUCGUUUUUAGGAUUGUGUUUCUACACAAAUUUGUGGAGUUUUAUGAAGUCAGGCUUUUGUUUUGUACUGUAAAGAUUUUAUUAAUAUCGGUAUUGAGAUCAAAUCGGACUUGGCCUAUAUCAACGUCAUUAUGUAUCAGUCAUAUUAGACUAUAUUAGAUGUUGUCGAGAUCAUAUCGGUCUUGGCCUAUAUCGAUAUCGGUAUGUAUCAUUUUAUACCGAUGAAUAUCAAUACCGGUAAGUGUCAGUCCGAUACGAAUACCUAAAACCAAAGCCAAACAAUUAAAAGCCAAAACAGCUACCCAAAUAUAACAAAACAACCGUUAACUUCUCCCCAAUUGCAUGGAUAACCAACCAACCCCUUCCCAGUUCCCACUAAAAUGCCUAAAACUCGUCUUUCUUCUCUUCCUCCCCAAAAUUCUUUCAAGCCCUUUGUCCGUCUCCAAUUUUUCUGUGUGGUUAAUGGUUUCCUCUCUUUUCCCUCUCUCCACAAGUCCACAAUGGGGUCUGAUCAUCAUCUAGUUCUCAUUGUUUCUCUCUCUUCCCUCUUCUUCUUCUACUCUUCUGAGGCCCUUUGCGUGCCUCGCAACCUUACCAACUCUAAUCGUAAACUCCACAACCCUCCACAAUCCCUGACGCCGGCUUCAUCACCAUCACCUGCAACGGCGGCGCCACCGCCCAAGUUAACCCUUUCGCCUACCACAAACACACCCGCACCGACACCCAGUAACCCCCUAAAUGUCAUAAUGGAUCCAGCCAUCAAUCAUGUUUGCCAGUCAACUGACUACCCAGAUCUCUGCCUCUCCUCCCUCAGACCCUACCUUCAUGGCAUGGUCGAUGUGAUCACCAUCCUAAACGGCGAAAUCCAGGCCUGCAAAGAUCAUACCAUUUCUGCCUCCGCGGAAGCCCUAAAGAAGGCCCAGGACCCUAAUACCGACCCUAAAACUGCUUCCUCCCUAAAGGACUGCAAGGACAGUUACAAUGACGCCUUAGAUAACCUUAAGGAAGCAGAGGAUGCCAUUAAAAUUCAUGACAUUGGCACUGUCAAUAGCAUGCUCAGUGCGGUUGUGACGGAUUUUGGUGAUUGCAAUGAUUUUUUCUCUGGGAGUACCGGCGGUCCCGGCGAUGGUCCGGGCGACGGUCCCGGCGAUGGUCCGGGCGACGGUCCCGGCAAUGGCCCGGGCGAUCCAGGGGUUGAAAAUCCCAUGUCCAGCCAAGAUGCAACCUUGAUAAGCCUAGCCAGUAAUUGCCUUGCCAUUGCUUCCUUGAUCAAGUAGAGAAAUUGAGAUAGAGAUAAUCCUGAACCAAUCUGAAUCCAUUUUGAUGGGAUUGUACUGGAUUUUGGUGGAAUUCACUUGCUUGGGAUUCCUCCUCUUGGAACUCUUAUAUGUAAUUGUAUCUCACAGAACAGUUCUGUACAUAAUGAAAUUUUUAAGUUUUAAAGGAUAAUUGAAAUGAAAUGAAAUGAAAGAAGCCGGAACUCUCCUGACAUGAGUUUAAAUGGAAUUUACCAUUUCACAAAAUAAAGUACAAAAAAAGUAGCCUAAAAGGAUUGCUACAUCAUCCUUUCGACACAAUUAAAUGUAUAAUUAAAAAAAAAAAAA